AUGGCGGCUGCGUCCUUGAUGGCACCCCUCGUACUCAAGAAGAGGCAAUCAAGUUGGUUGAGCAAGGAGCGCAUUCGAGUGGGUGCGAUUUUCGAGUUCUACGUCGAGGACGACACGAUUCUGAUGGGCCGCCUCCUGGGGAGGAGAAUGCACAGCGAGACAGGGGCCAUCCACCAUGUCACCGGCCUGGCUGCAGGAGGCGCUGAUCCCCUCUGUAGUCAUGAUCACGAUCAUGAUCACGAACAGCGCAGCAGCAGCAGCAGCAGCAGCUACGUAAGACGCGAAGACGACCAGGACGAAGCCGAGAUCGAGAAGCGCAUGCGCUCCUUCAAGCGUUUCAUGCCACAGAUCCGUCAAACACUGCGCCAAUUCUCCAAAGGUACCGGUGUGCCGGUGCACGACAUUGACGCCAGCAGAAGCCAGGAGGAGAUCUACGAUGAACUGAUGCUGAUUAUCAGUAGGGAGAGAACCCAAGUCCGACGUUCGCUGCCCUCGCCACUGCCCCUUCCGCCCAAUCGAACGGCAGAGCGGGCUACCAGAGAGGUGCAACCACCGACUGGUUUUGCCAAGGCGGGAGCAGUGGACCACUGCAUCGUCAAACAGCAGAUAAAAGAGAGGUCGCGAGCUCAGCAGAUCGCCACCUUCCCCGGCACCCAUCCCGUCACACUCGCGCGCCAUCACCUGCCCCUCAUCGGUGCCGUGUCCGCUGUGGAGGCGGGAGCAGCGCCGCAAACAGAGAGAUCAGAAGCAGACGUCGCCAUCGGGCGGUCUCAGUACGUUGUGACCGACAAGCUGGACGGCGAGCGCUAUUUCUUCUAUCUCGACCAGCAGCAGUGCUGGUUGAUCGACAGGCGCCUGAACGUGUUCACAUGCCCCCUCUCCUCGUCGAGCGAACAAGGCGGAUGGUGGAACGAGGACUACGCCGACACGCUCCUCGACGGUGAGCUCUUCUCGCUCCCCGCCAGCGUCGCCGACGCCGACGCUGACUCGGCUGGGAAGCGGAAACGGGCAGAAACCGACGAGGGGAUCUCAGCACGUCUCCACUUCGUGGCUUUCGACGCCAUCGCCAUCGGAGGAACGAACCUCGCCUCGCUGCCAUUCAGAGAGCGGAUGGAGGAAGCGCAGAAGCGGCUGGGCGGGCUACUGGGCUCGACGCGAGGACCGCUCACGCUCCACAUUCAGCGCUACGUCUCCCUCGGCGAGCUGCCCACGCUACUCGCCCAGAAGGAGGAGGGUGGCGGCGAGGAGCGCGUGGGGCAACUGCCGCUGUUCCCUGCGACGCUGUUUCCGACCGACGGCCUCAUCUUGCAGAACGCGGCGUCUCCCUAUCGCGUCGGCCACAGCGACGAUCUGCUCAAGUGGAAGGAUCCUCACCACAACACCAUCGAUUUCCGCCUGCUGUCCCCACUGACGGCUGAUUCAGGUCAAGAAGCCUGGUGGCAAGGAUGUGUCGUCAACAAGCAAGGGCAAGACAUCCCCUUCGAUUGGAUCAAAGUGGAUCUCGGCGAACACCCCUUGGUGGCGCCCGUGAGCGUCAGGCCAGGCGAGCCAACGAAGAAGGCCAGGCGCGCAUCUACGGAUAAAGCGAAGGAAGGAGGAGAAGAAGAAUGCCGCGAGAACCUGGCCGCGAUUGAGGAGGGGGCCAUCGUCGAGUGCUGGUGGGAUACCACCAGACAGCUCGACCCCUGGUACUACCAGCACUGGUAUGGUGCCGACUACGAGCAGAAGGGCUACGGCCAAGGCGGGUGGCGAGUGCAUCGGGUGAGGACGGACAAGGAGACGCCCAAUGUGGAUUGGGUGGCCAAGAAGGUGUGGGAAAGCAUCAACGAGGCCAUCUCUUUGGCCGACAUUGUUGCUGCCGUCAGUUGA